ACCAAAGCAUACCUAAAGCUUUUGUUUGAAAACUCAGACUCCUAAGAAGAAGAAGAAGAAGAAGAAGAUGUCGUCCCAGGCUCAGAACCUUAAAUCCCAAGCUGGUGAGGCCGUCGGUCAGGCUCAGGUUAAGAAGGACCAGAUGAUGAACAGUGCUUCUGGUACUGCCCAAAAUGCCAUGGGUAAGACGUCUGAAACUGCUCAGAGUGGCCAAGAAUCUAUGGACCAAACCAAGGACCAAGCAUCUGGUUUGCUUCAACAGACUGGGAUGCAAGUGAAGAACAUGGCACAAGGAGCAGCUGAUGCAGUGAAGAGCACAUUGGGGAUGAACAGUACUGAUCAUAACAAUCCCAUCAACCCAAAGAACCCAACCAACUAGAUUUGAGAAAUGAUUAGCUGAUUCCCUUUUACUGUUUUUCCUUCUCAUUUGGUGUUUGUUUCCAAGUUAAUAUGAGAGAUGAGUGGUUUAGACUCAGCGAUGCAUGCUUCUAAUAGAGGAGCUUUUUUUGUUUUGUUUUGUUUUGUUGAGGGGUCAUAUUAUUGUUGGAUAUGUGUGUCCAUCAAACCCGAAUGCCAACAAUUAUAAGAGAGAUCAGUGUGGUGAUCUCCUUGAUUGAAUCUGAUUAUGUUCAUUAACGGAAUAAAUUUUUUUGUUCCCUA